AUGUCUGGAUUUAGCUUUGGAGGAGGAGGUAAUAAGCCUGCUAGUGGUGGGUUCAGUUUUGGCGGGAACUCGGCAGGCGCAUCUUCCACGCAAGCUAGUGGUGGAUUUAGUUUUGGAGGAGCAUCCUCCACAAGUACUCCAGCGACUACAUCAUCGACUGGUGGCAGCCUUCCCAAGCCCGGACUCUUUGGUGGGGCCGCUGCUGCUCCAGCCACUACUACGGCUUCAAGUGGUCUAAGUUUUGGUGCCACGGCAAAUAAACCUGCUGGCGGAGGAUUGUUCGGCGGAGCUUCUGCUACUUCCACAAUACAAAAACCAGCUGGAGGACUCUUUGGUGCAUCUUCGGCCAAUCCAGCUGCAACCGCUCCUGCUACAACAGCCACGCCCGCUUCGAGUGGAUUUGGCUUUGGUGCGAAACCAGCCACGACUAGCUCUGGCUUUAGUCUUGGUGCAACAACAACAGCUGCGCCUGCUGCGGCAACAACAACAGCAUCAGCGCUGCCGGCACCAUCCCUUUCGUUCGGCACACCUAAAGCAGCAACAACGACCGCUCCUUCUUUCUCUUUGGGUGCCGCGCCCGCGACGCCAGUGGCAGCAUCUUCCGCCGCUAGUGUUUCCAAACCAGGGCUUUCGUUCACAACUCCAAAAGCUGCGACUGCGACUACUUCUGCCUUAUCUAGUGCGAAGCCUGCAGAGAAACCAACUUCCAUGACGUGGGGAGAGUUAGACUCAAAAAUAACUCGUUGGAACACGGAAAUACAUCAGCAAUCCCAAACAUUCAUCAAACAGGCGACACAAGUAAAUGCUUGGACUGGAAUACUUAUACAAAAUGGGGAGAAGAUAGGAGAGAUUAAUGAUGAGUUGUCGACCGUCAAAAAGCAGCAGGCAAAACUCGACCAAGAACUGGACCGAGUGGCAGCGCAACAGAACGACUUAGAAACCAUACUUGGACCCCUUGAGGAGACGGCAAAGAAGCAGAAACAAAUAAACUCAUUAGCCCACAACGUCGACAAUGAACGAGAGCGUACUUUUGCGCUUGCUGGCUCAGUUGAUGCGCAAAUCAAGGCUUUGGCUGCAGAACUAAGAGAGGUUAUUGAGAGAGUUAACUCGACACAUGGGGAUGGCAAAGGAUCGCUAGUGGCUCAAUUGACUCAUAUUUUAUCAUCUCACACUGACGCCCUACAGACUCGAUUGGCUCACACCGACAAGGUCUUCCCGAACCUUGAGUACUACCGACAGGCUCCCGCUCCCGCUGCCAACAGCGACUUUUUGGAUGCCCAGGUCGAAGAGGCUGAGGUCCGACGAGCUCACUACUACACUAUGAACGUUGCCAUCAAUGCCGCCGUCACCUGGGGUGUUGCCAACUUCGUCCUAAACGCCAUCAACAUCCUUAACCCCUCCAAGGAUAUUCUCGCCCUUGCCACUGUUGAAAUCGAACUCCAGGGCAUGGCUGUUGGUGAAUCCGGCGUUUUCGUCUGGCGAGGAAAGCCCAUCUUCGUGAAGCACCGAACUCCCGAGGAUAUUGCCCGAGAGACUGCUGUCCCCAUGUCCGAGCUUCGAGAUGCUCAGGCCGAUGCCGAGCGAGUCGUCGAUCCCAACUGGCUUGUCUGCAUUGGGAUGAGAUCUAAAUAUAAUCCCUCGAAAGACAACGCCGGUGAGUUCAACGGCUACUACUGCCCAUGUCACGGCUCUCACUACGACGGUUCCGGCCGAAUUCGAAAGGGUCCCGCCCCAUUGAACCUCGAAGUUCCUCCAUACAAGUUCAUGGACGAAAACACAAUCCUUAUCGGAUAA